CAGCCUCGGGGUUCAGAACCGCAGACACAUAAACCCAGGCGGGAAGAGCCUCUUUAAUUUCUGCCAAACGCUGACGCUUCGCUAACGAGAGAUUUUGGAAAUCACAGAUAUCAUUAAAUUACCAAGGUUUUUCCUCCCUUUAAAACACACACACACACACACACACACACACACACACACACACACACACACACACACUUUUUCUUUCUUUCUUUUUUUCUUUCUUUUUUUUUUUUUAAGUGCCCCCUCUCCCUUUUUAAUUAUGAAAGUGGCCACUCCGUUCAAGAUUAAGACUUGGAGGGAAUUUGGAAAGGAAAAAGACUCAGGAAGAAGAAACGGGGCCGGUGCUUCCGAGGGCGCCUAGUGUUAAGAAGGCCCCGAGGAGAACUGCGCUGGGCGUCCAGAAGAACUUCGCGGAGGUCGGUGCUCGCCCGUCAUGGACGUUCCAGGUCCGCUGGUGCCUUCCUUCUGAGAAUCCUUUGGCUUUGACAAUCUGAGGCGGGAACCCAGCCCAGAGAAGGCUACUACUUCAGUCCUGCGUGUUCCUGUGCGCACCCAGGCACCCCUCCGGCUCCUGCCGGCCUUGGCGUCUGCGGGGCGCCCCGGAGCCCAGAUGCCCGCGCCUGGCCGGGGCCCCCAAGGGCCGCCGCCGAGCAUGCCCGGGCGCCGGGGGGCGCUGCGCGAGCCGGCCGACUUUGGCUCCAGCCUGGGGGCGGCGCUGGCCCUGUUGCUGCUGCUGUUGCCCGCCUGCUGCCCGGUAAAGGCUCAGAACGACACGGAGCCCAUCGUGCUGGAAGGCAAGUGCCUGGUCGUGUGCGAUUCCAGCCCGUCCGGCGACGGCGCCGUCACCUCUUCUCUGGGCAUUUCCGUGCGCUCGGGCAGCGCCAAGGUGGCCUUCUCCGCUACUCGGAGCACCAACCACGAGCCCUCAGAGAUGAGCAACCGCACCAUGACCAUCUACUUCGACCAGGUUUUAGUAAACAUUGGCAACCACUUUGACCUUGCCUCCAGUAUAUUUGUAGCACCAAGGAAGGGAAUUUACAGCUUCAGCUUCCACGUGGUCAAAGUGUACAACAGACAAACAAUCCAGGUCAGUUUAAUGCAGAAUGGCUACCCGGUGAUCUCCGCAUUCGCGGGAGACCAGGAUGUUACCAGGGAAGCGGCCAGCAAUGGUGUUCUGCUGCUCAUGGAAAGAGAAGACAAAGUCCACCUCAAACUGGAGCGAGGCAACCUCAUGGGCGGCUGGAAAUACUCCACAUUCUCGGGCUUCUUGGUGUUUCCUCUAUAGACUCCGAGUCACUGGGACGGUGGGAAGGUUGUGAUCAGGACCCAGGGAUCUGCCUUCUGUAACACCUUGAACUUGUCUGGGAAGGAUGGCUUGAGCCCAGCUCCAUCAGAUUAUUGUCUGGAAGAACGAUUUUCUUCUAAAGAUCCAGUAUUCUCUUUGACUCUUGACAAUUCCUCGGGAACCUGGCCUCUAAUUAGUUUUAGACGACAUGGUCUUAAGGAGAAAUGAAAUUAUCGAUUUGAGCAAUUUGUACCUGUGAUUGUAAAGUCAAUAUUGGAUUUUAUUGUUGGAACCAUUGACUUACCUUCUUCUGUUUGUACGUUGUACCCUUGUCCUGAUGACGUAGACGCUGCUGACCCUCAGAUGGAUUGCACGCUGCAGUCGGGGCUUAAAGCAAGGGCCCAGCAAAGAACCACCCACCAGACAGUCUUUGGCCUGUGUUCUGUGUGUGUGUGUGUAGCCUUAAAAAAAAAAUGGCUUCAUUUUCAUUCUGUAGCUUUUCCCUGGGGUCCUGGGGGGACUGGGAGGGAUCCGGGCAUUGGGAACCUGUCAAAAAGUGCUUUAUCCUGAGAAGCAAAUUUUGCACGAUUGGACUGCAACUUCUGUUCUGUACUGUCAGUGGUUUUCUUUUCUCCUCUGGAAGCUUCCCUUUCCUUCCUCAGGUUUCCCUCCUCAAGCCUAUGUAGUUUUUAUGCUGGGGUCGUGGAGAGAAAAAACUUACAUUCAGUCCUUGUAUGAGAUAAGCAAAACAAAACAAAAUCUGCAUACUUUGUUCUGGAUGAGAGGAAACCAGGGAAAAAAGCCUCUCAAAGUAAGGACAGCAAAUAGACCCUUUUGCAUAUUCUUCCCUGGAAGCUCUCAAAGGCAUCUUCACACUUGCAGCCUGGGUUUUAUUAUUUUAUUUUAUUUUAUUUUUAAUUUAUACUGUGGGAUCCUUUAGUAGCUUUGCAUUCCUCAUUGGUCAUGAAUCUCUUUACAAAGGUGGAGCUGAAGUGGCCGAAUCUUCUCUUUGCUUUUCCUCUGGAUAUGUCUCAGUGGUCGGUUAGACCUGCCUCUGAGUGGCCACACAUUGUCAGAUGCUUCAAAGACACAGGAGCGCUGCCUCUUCCUGGAGAUCUCCCUUUGAUCUGUCAGGGAGAGGGGUGUAUUGACACUCUGUGGAUGAACACCUGGCCAGAAGCCACCUGGACUAGGAGUCACGGUAGUUACAGGUACUGGCUGCUGUACCCCGGGAGUGGUUUUUGGACUCUGCUUUGUUGGCAUCUCGUGCAACACCACUAUUAAGCUGCAACUGAGAGAGCCGGUACAGUAGUUGUGUGCCAAGGAAAUGCCACUAACCCCAAAGCAAUCAAAGAUGUGACCUCAAACUGGAUGUUAUCUGUCCUUUGCGUAACAAUGUAACCAAAAUAUUGAUGAUAAAACUCAUAAUUUAAGAUUCAGAAUAAAUGGGUUUGAUGUCUGCCUUGCUCUGCUCCCUCCUCAUCGUCUCUCUCAAAAUGAUGGGGAGGUGUAGGUUAAGUACCAAGGAACUGGAGAGGUUCAGUUUAUGCUGUGACUCUUUAUAAAGGACACACGAUACGGAUGCAGCUCCAAGUCUCUGACGGUGUAUAGCUCACUUCGAUGUAUUCAGUUUAUACUUACGUAUUUCUCAAGGAGUAAGAUUUUGGAGGAGAGAGAGAGAGACAGAAAAAAUAAUGUUUAAAAAGUAGAUCAUAUGCUUUUAUCACACAUUGACAUGGCACAAGCGUUAGCCCCACAUUUCAAAAAUUAGCUAUUAAUGUAGAAGAUUCCAACAUUUGGGAAGACUCAUUUGUUUUCAACUUGUGUGGGGGGAUGAAUUGCAUGGUCAAAAGGCAAGUUCAAGAGGCAUUGUGUAAUUGCAUUUGGGUUAAAGGCCUCAGGUUUUCUAUCUUUAAAUCAACAAGAAAGUAGGAUGGGAAGCUUAAUUCUCAUUAAAAUAAUGUUGUCUUGUGAGGAGGAAAAAUCAAGCCACAAGCACUUGGGGUCUUUCCGCUCUGACUUGGAGACAUUUCUAAGUGUGAGCUGUGUUUGUUAAUGUGAACAUGAUCAAGAGGCAGAUGCCCAGUGUGUCCUUGUGUUCUGUGUUUCUUAGAUAUCUUAAUUCUCCUCCUCUCAUUUCUUUAAUUUCAUACUCAGUUUAAAAUAAGCAAGAAACCUUAUUUGAAGACAGUUUUACACUGCAGAGAUUGGAAGAUUUAGGGGCCCUUGUUAUUAGUAUUUGCAUCCUUUAAUAAUAUAUAAUGCACAUAUUUCAUUGUAUUUAUAUCUUUAUUGUGUACAGACUGCCACUGGGUAAUACUGUCUCAUAAAUAAGUUAUUAAAUUGACCAAUCUAAAUGUA